GCAUGUCGUGUGCGCCCGCCCCGCCGCGCCGCCGCCGGCCCCGCCGCCCCGCCGCGCCGCAUGCAGACUAACAGGGAUGCCAAAGGAAAAAUAUGAUCCUCCAGAUCCUCGCAGAAUUUACACCAUCAUGUCGGCGGAAGAGGUGGCCAACGGGAAGAAGUCGCACUGGGCUGAACUAGAGAUCUCGGGGAGAGUGCGGAGCUUAAGCACGUCGCUGUGGUCGCUGACACACCUGACUGCUCUGCACCUCAACGACAACAACCUUACUCGCAUUCCACCUGAUAUUGCCAAGCUUCACAAUCUGGUUUACCUGGAUCUGUCAUCCAACAAACUCAGAAGUUUACCAGCAGAACUAGGAAACAUGGUGUCUCUCAGGGAAUUGCUUUUAAAUAACAAUCUGUUACGGGUUUUGCCUUAUGAACUUGGACGGCUCUUCCAGCUGCAAACCCUGGGUUUGAAAGGCAAUCCUUUGUCCCAAGAUAUUCUCAGCCUCUACCAGGAUCCAGACGGAACCCGAAAGCUACUGAACUACAUGCUUGACAAUCUAGCAGUUCAUCCAGAGCAGCUGCCUCCAAGGCCAUGGAUUACUUUAAAAGAACGAGACCAAAUUCUGCCCUCAGCUUCAUUUACAGUCAUGUGUUACAAUGUGUUGUGUGAUAAAUACGCCACCCGGCAGCUCUAUGGCUACUGCCCGUCCUGGGCACUCAACUGGGAGUACAGGAAAAAGGGAAUCAUGGAAGAAAUCGUCAACUGUGAUGCAGACAUCAUCAGUCUUCAGGAGGUGGAAACGGAGCAAUACUUCACCCUUUUCCUGCCAGCCCUGAAAGAACGGGGAUACGACGGAUUCUUUUCUCCAAAGUCACGUGCCAAAAUCAUGUCGGAGCAGGAGAAAAAGCACGUGGAUGGCUGCGCCAUAUUCUUCAAAACAGAAAAGUUCACUCUGGUGCAGAAGCACACGGUGGAGUUCAACCAGGUGGCCAUGGCCAACUCGGAGGGCUCGGAAGCCAUGUUGAACAGAGUGAUGACCAAGGACAACAUCGGGGUCGCCGUGGUCUUGGAGGUGCACAAGGAAUUAUUUGGAGCAAGUAUGAAAUCACUUCAUGUGGACAAGCAGCUGCUCAUCGUGGCCAAUGCCCACAUGCACUGGGACCCCGAAUACUCAGAUGUGAAACUCAUCCAGACCAUGAUGUUCGUCUCAGAGCUGAAAAACAUCCUGGAGAAAGCCUCGAGCAGGCCCAGUAGCCCGACAGCAGAUCCCAACUCUAUCCCUCUGGUGCUGUGUGCGGAUCUCAACUCACUGCCUGACUCAGGUGUAGUGGAAUACCUGAGCAAUGGCAUCGUAGCCGACAACCACAAGGACUUCAAGGAGCUGCGCUACAACGAGUGUCUGAUGAACUUCAGCGGCAACGGCAAGAACGGAGCCUCGGAGGGCCGGAUCACGCACGGCUUCCAGCUCAAGAGCGCCUACGAGAACAACCUGAUGCCUUACACCAAUUACACUUUUGAUUUCAAAGGUGUGAUUGACUACAUUUUCUACUCCAACACUCACAUGAACGUGCUGGGAGUGCUGGGCCCUUUGGACCCUCAGUGGCUGGUGGACAACAACAUCACGGGGUGCCCGCACCCGCACAUCCCCUCGGACCACUUCUCGCUGCUGACGCAGCUGGAGCUGCAGCCGCCGCUGCCGCCGCUGGUGAACGGCGUGCACCUGCCCUCCCGCAGGUAGUGCAAACCCUGCCUGCCCCACGGACCUGUACACUUGUAAAUCCCUCUAGAUAGGAGUGAAGUAUGGCCAACCUUCAGCUGCUUCUUCGAGCUCCUUUCCUUAUGUGUUUGAGAAGAGAUUUUGCACAUUUUGGUGCAUAUCGGUAUCAUUCGGCACUAGGGCUGGAACCAAAGUAUUAUUCCCCUUCCCAGGUUUUUAAUUUAAUUUUUGUUUGUGUUUUGGGGUUUGUUUUUUUUUUUUUUUUACUUUAAACUGGCUUUUUCUUUUCAGUAGGAAGCUGCACUUCUAAACGGACAAAAGAGAUUUAAAAAACUUGCAUUUGACAUAUUUCAAGGUAAUGCUUUUUUCCAGAACGUGGCAAAUUGAGCCAACCUUUUAGGAGAAAGAAAAACAAAACUAGAGGUGCUUGUUUUGUAGGAAGAAGGUUAGAAAUACUGUUUGUUUGAAUCCAAAAUGGAGACUCAACUCUGCAUCCGACAUCAAUUUUGCACAUUAGCAAAGCACUUAAUACCCGACUAUAAAGGAUUGGCAGCAUGGCCCUGCCCCUCAUCUCAGCACUAUCAGAAAACCAAAGAUAGCCAAGGAUCUGUGAUCAAAUUCGAGCUCUAAAUCCUCCUGGUUCCAAUUUGUUUGGGAGCUUUUGUCAGUCAGGGCCGAAGUAAAAAGCUGCUGGUUCCUCCCCAAAUGUUAAUGCUCUUUGGAUGUGUUGGAAAUCCUUGUUUUCUUUCCUUUUAAUGCUCUGGGUGGCCAGUUCAAAACCUUAUGCCUCAAGAGGCAUUAAACAUGAUGCAAUUUUCUGGGGAAAAAAAAAACCAACAAAAAAACCAAGUUGUUUGGCUGCUUAAUGUUUAAAAAAAAAAAGGCAGAGCGAUAGGAAAAGGUCGUGUCUGUGUUUUUAAGUUUUUCUUUAUUCUGCUUUUUUGCUGCUAUAAGAUUUUCUUGAAUUUCUAUUUGAAACUUUUCAUGCACUUUACUGUUUCUAGUCUCCAAAUGUGAUAUUUUUAAUAAAUGAAAAACAUUUUCCAUGAUGUGAAUGAAAUUUUUAAGCAGA